UGCGUUUGGUAUUUCCUGUGGGUCUCCCUGAUUCGGAGUUGCCAUGUCCGCACAUUUUAAGCAUUUUAAUGUAACCUUAUGCUUGUUGCUUCACAAAGUAGCUUGAAUCGCUUAUAGGAAUGGGCGAUUAGGUUUUGGCGGCUUAUUUCCAUAACACGGUUAUACAAGACACAAAUAAACUUAUUUAGGCUGAUUUUGGAGAUGCAAAACGCUUAUUUGAGUUAGUUCUAUUCGACCAGCUUGGUUGUUUUCGCACCGAUCUGGCAACACUUCCUGACUGUACAGAGAUGGUAAACCCAAACCAAACCGGUAACACACCGACAGAGUCGAUGAGACGUCAACGGCCGCGGGCAAACUCGGUCUAAAGCGAGUGGAAUAAAAGACACAAUUUCCACCCAGCGAAGGAUAUUAAGCUGUAAGCCUCGUAUAUGUGUGUAUGUUUUUAAAUUAUAAGAGAUUGUCACUUUAGAAGACACUGCGAAUGGUUCGAGGCUCCUGACAAACUCUGUUUUCGCGACGGCUGUUAAAAUAUUUUCUUCGAAGUCUUUUGGCUUGUCAGCCGGUAGCAAUUACGGAUAAACGACAAACGGUUGGAGACAAGGUGGAGAGUUCGUGCCUUUUGGUUGACUGACUCGCUACUGGUUGGGUGGACCUCCGACCAGAGCAGAGCCUCCGAGCGGCCCGCUUCAACACCCGCGGUAGGAGCCGGAGUGUAGGUCGGUUUACGGAGGAUAUUCAGCGGCUUUAAACAAACACCCUUCAGCCGGUAUUUGAUCCCCGGAGCCGGCUAGAAUCCGGACAGAGACCUCAUGAAUGGAAAUCGGAACUACAGGAGCCGUUGGGGCUGCGCCCCUGUUCUCCGUACCUCGGAGGCCAGGCUAUGGCACCAUGGGGAAGGCCAUCAAGCUGCUGGCCAACUGCUUCCAGGUGGACAUCCCCAAGAUGGACGUCUACCUGUACGAGGUGGACAUCAAGCCGGAAAAGUGUCCACGGCGUGUUAACAGGGAGGUGGUGGAUUCCAUGGUGCAGCACUUCAAGGUGACAAUCUUUGGGGACAGAAGACCAGUCUACGAUGGCAAGAAAAGCCUCUACACCGCCCAGCCGUUACCAGUGGCCUCAGGGGGGGUGGACCUGGAUGUGACAUUGCCAGGUGAAGGAGGGAAGGACAGGCUGUUCAAGGUCACCAUUAAAUUCGUGUCACUGGUCAGCUGGCACAUGCUGCAUGAGGUCCUCACAGGGCGGAGCACGUCUGAUCCACUGGAGCUGGAUAAGCCAAUCAGCACCAAUCCCGUACACGCUGUAGAUGUUGUUCUGCGCCAUCUGCCCUCUAUGAGGUACACCCCAGUGGGACGCUCCUUUUUCUCUUCCCCCGAGGGCUAUGAUCACCCGCUGGGUGGGGGGAGGGAGGUGUGGUUUGGCUUCCACCAAUCGGUGCGACCAGCUAUGUGGAAGAUGAUGUUGAACAUUGAUGUGUCUGCCACGGCAUUCUACAAAGCUCAACCUGUGAUUCAGUUCAUGUGUGAGGUUCUGGAUAUCCACAACAUCGAUGAGCAGCCUCGUCCUCUUACUGAUUCCCACAGAGUCAAAUUCACCAAAGAGAUCAAAGGUCUAAAGGUGGAGGUCACCCACUGUGGCACCAUGCGGAGGAAGUACAGGGUGUGUAAUGUUACUCGCAGACCAGCCAGCCACCAGACGUUUCCUCUACAGCUGGAAAGUGGACAGACCGUAGAGAGAACAGUGGCACAAUACUUCAGGGAAAAGUACAACUUACAGCUCAAGUACCCCCAUCUGCCCUGCCUGCAAGUGGGGCAGGAGCAGAAACACACGUACCUGCCUUUGGAGGUGUGCAACAUUGUGGCAGGACAGCGCUGCAUUAAGAAAUUAACUGACAACCAAACCUCCACCAUGAUCAAAGCCACGGCCCGCUCAGCACCGGACAGACAAGAGGAGAUCAGCAGACUGGUGCGCAGUGCCAACUACAACUCGGACCCCUUCGUGCAGGAGUUCCAGUUUCGUGUGCGGGACGAGAUGGCGGAGGUGACGGGUCGUGUCCUGCCCGCCCCCAUGCUGCAGUACGGCGGCAGGGUGAGCUCUGAACACUUUCUGAAUCGUACAGUAGCCACCCCAAGCCAUGGAGUGUGGGACAUGAGAGGCAAGCAGUUUCACACUGGCGUGGAGAUCAAGAUGUGGGCCAUUGCUUGCUUUGCCACUCAGAGACAAUGCAGAGAGGAAGUUCUCAAGGGCUUUACAGACCAGCUGCGGAAGAUCUCUAAGGAUGCUGGGAUGCCCAUACAGGGCCAGCCAUGUUUCUGCAAAUACGCUCAGGGAGCAGAUAAUGUGGAGCCCAUGUUCCGUCACCUGAAAAACACCUAUGCUGGCCUACAACUCAUCAUCGUCAUACUGCCCGGGAAAACUCCUGUCUACGCGGAAGUGAAACGUGUUGGAGAUACUCUUCUGGGAAUGGCCACUCAGUGUGUUCAGGUGAAGAAUGUGGUGAAGACCUCCCCUCAGACCCUCUCCAACCUGUGUCUAAAGAUCAACGUCAAACUGGGCGGCAUCAACAACAUACUGGUACCCCAUCAGCGCCCAUCUGUUUUCCAGCAGCCCGUCAUUUUUCUGGGAGCUGAUGUCACUCACCCGCCCGCAGGAGACGGCAAGAAACCCUCCAUUGCUGCUGUGGUGGGUAGCAUGGAUGCUCACCCCAGCAGAUACUGUGCUACGGUCCGUGUCCAGAGGCCCAGACAGGAAGUGAUUCAGGACCUGGCGUCCAUGGUGCGAGAGCUGCUCAUCCAGUUCUACAAGUCCACCCACUACAAACCCACCAGAAUCAUCUUCUACAGGGAUGGUGUGUCCGAAGGACAGUUCAGACAGGUGCUGUACUAUGAGUUGCUGGCCAUACGUGAAGCUUGUAUCAGCCUUGAGAAGGAAUAUCAACCAGGAAUCACCUACAUCGUCGUACAGAAACGCCACCACACUCGUCUCUUCUGUGCUGACCGCACUGAGAGGGUGGGCCGCAGUGGUAACAUUCCAGCAGGUACCACAGUGGACACUGAUAUCACCCAUCCUUAUGAAUUUGACUUUUAUCUGUGCAGUCAUGCUGGAAUACAGGGUACAAGCCGACCUUCACACUACCACGUGCUAUGGGACGACAACUGCUUUACAGCCGAUGAGUUCCAGCUUUUGACCUACCAGCUGUGCCACACAUACGUGCGCUGUACCCGCUCCGUAUCCAUCCCUGCGCCAGCCUACUAUGCCCACCUGGUGGCCUUUAGAGCCCGCUACCAUUUAGUGGAUAAAGAGCAUGACAGCGCUGAAGGCAGCCACGUGUCGGGCCAAAGUAAUGGCCGAGAUCCUCAGGCCCUGGCCAAAGCUGUGCAGAUCCAUCACGACACUCUGAGGACCAUGUACUUUGCCUAGCCCCGCCUCCACAGACCCGUCAAUCAUGCACUUAGCGGAGGAUGGCUUCGCCCAAUCACAGGCUGCUAAAGAGAACCAAAUGUAACAGAACUUACAGGAGGAACUAGCACUGUUAUGCAAUAGAAAAACAGCCAAUCUUUCCAAUCUUCUUCGCUUACUGAUUGUUUUUAAUAUGUAGAUUGCAGCUAUACCAUUAUUUAUUAGAUUUGUAGAUCUGUUUAUCUAUUAAUUUUGCCUGCUUAGGUCACAAAACAAAGCUUAAAGGUUUGCUAGAUCAGCGAAUGAGGCAGUGUUAUUUGUUUAGGACAGGAGUGUUUAGCCCUGCUCAUGCCGAUUUCUUCUCCUUCAGAGUUUAGUUUCACAACUAAUCAAACACACAUAUAGCUGGACAUCAGUGUCUUCAGGUCCAGCUGAAAAUGACAGGAAGGCGUGUUCGAACAGAGUUGAAACUAAUCUUUGGAACACCUUUGGUUUAGGGUUAGUAUUCUAUUAGGUUUGAAGAAGUCCGAUUUUGGAGGAAUGCCACUAGAGGGCAGUGCAAGUUUUUGCUAAUAGUUUACCAUGACAUCUUGCUUUAAGUCCUCCACUGUUCCUCUGUACAUUUGUUGCGCUAAUCUGUGACCAGUCUUGAUAUUUUACGAUUAACUGUUACUAGUAAAUCAUGUUUUUCCAAAAAAAAAAAAAAAUCUAAUCUAGUAUCUGCAAAAAAGACAACUGAAAUGUCAUUCCAUUUUGUCCCUUUACAUCUCAUUUACUACAUGUCCAUGUCUUAUUCUGCUUUUUGAACAUUGGAGGCACCACUUUUCUUCCAAUUCCACAGUCUUUCAAAUGAUUCUUUUUACCUCUGUGAUACAUUAACUUUCUGGUCCAUGCACUCCCUUGAAAAUUUUGCGCGUACCAUUGAACUAUUGGUUCCUUGCGGUUCUUGACGCCUUUCUUGGUGGCUCGCUCAUUAAGCAGAGGUGACAGAUUAGCUAAGGGCUUCAGAAUCACCAAAAGAGGAACUUUGAACUUUGAAACUCAAGGGUUGGUAAAAAGUUUCCACGUAGUCAACCAUAUGUUUAUGUAUGUGCGUUGAAUGCUUUGUGCCUCGUUCGGUUUGUGCGCUUGCAACGUCAGAGCGUGGCCGUAAGACACUCGAUGGAUGUGUGUGCACAUAUAAUUCCACCCAAGGCAACACAGAGGCCUGUUAUCCAUUAAUAUUGACUUUACAGCUGUUAGACAUUUCAUUCUCAUUUAUGUUCUUUGAGCUUAUUUAUAAUGUUGCUUUUAACUUGCAUUGUCAAUAGUGCAUCUGUAAAUUAUCUAUUUAACUUAUCAGUUCCUUAAUUUCACAUUUUAGCCCUGUGAACUAUGACACAAACUGUCCCAUAAGCCUUUUAGUGCAAUAAGCCAAUUAUUGACGGUUCUGUCAUAGACUUUCAUUAUACAAUGCAAGCAGUACCUUAGGAGUGAAUGCUUUCGUUUUAAAAUGUUUUGCUGUAUGUGGCAUUGUGUAAGAGAACUUGAACACCAUGGAUACGGUGGGUUUUAUUGAAAUGAAUGAUGUGUUUUAUGGCUGGAAUGCUGGGUUGAGUUUACAGAGGAGAUGGAUACUCUUAUGGAUACGUUGUAUGGAAAAGGCUCAGUUUGCUAUUAUGAUCUUGGAUGAACCUUUGAUGUAAAAAGUCAAAUGAGAUAAAGUGCCUGUUUUAUAGGAAAUAUCCCUAAAAUGCAAUUCUAUUGGGGUACAUUUUAAAUAAAUAUAUAUUUGAAGUAAAUGGCAUGUACAUAUGGUUGGACAGAUAUUUAGCUAUUGAAGCUGUUGUUAUUAAGGUCAUUUUGUUAAGGGCAAUUUGAAUAGUUGAACUAAUGUAGAACUGGCUAAAAGUCCUGGAUCAUUUUCUUUUGAACUUUCUUUCUAAUUUUUGAACUAUCAAAAUGUCUUUUGAAAUUUCGAAAUGCCUUUUGGACAUUCAGACAUUCUUUUGAAUGUUCAAACUUUCAAAAGCUCUUUGAACUUUCUUUUUCACGCUUACAAACUUUUAGACGUUUUCGUUUGACGUUUUUGUUUGAACUUUCAAACUUUCUUUUAAACGUUUGAAUUUUCAAAUGUUUGUUUUGAAUUUUCAAACAUUUGUUUAAACUUUGAAACACUUUUUUUUUUUGAUCUCCUUUCUUCAAACCCCUGCUUUUUCAUAGCCCUUGUGUAUUCAACUUGCAUUCCACACAGACCAAACCAAUGUGCCUCUGAAAACAGGGGUGGUAGGGAGUAUUGAGUAAAGGCAUUUGGAUUGUAGUGGGGUAGGUGAAGGGUUAUAUUUGUUAACUCUGUGGCCUCUGGCACACUUUCACAUCACCCUUAAUGUGAAUGGCACUGUGGUCUUUUUGCCCUAUAGCCACCAAUACGUGUCGACCAGUGUAGCUGCUAAUUUACAUCACAAACUACAUCUGCUUUUAUAUGUAGAGAGAGCAAGAGAGAAAUGACUGACAAAUAUAUUGCUGCACUUAAAAAGCUGUACAGUCUCAGAUUUGGCGAAACGCCUGAGGUGCUAAGAGGUGUGGUGCUGUAAUUCGGGGGAUGUUAACCACGCUAAUUUCUAUCUGCUCCACAUUUCCUAUGAAUACUUGUCAUGGAGUGUUUUGAACUUUAGAGCCUUGUUUGGGUUUUUUCAGAGUGUGAUGAUGUUCGGUUAGCUCGCUAAUUUUUUAUUUUUUUUUUAAACAAAAAUACUCCAUUUUGGCAAAUUACCAGACCCACAUACUUGUUCUUAUAUUUAAAUAAAAUGUUUGUUUUAGCGAGUUAACUGGAAUUUAGUUCUGUUUAAAAAAAAAAAAAAAAAAAAACGCGCUAAUGUCAAAUAGCUUCGGUGCUCUUUUUCUUUUGUUUCAAUGUGCUGAGAACUGUUACUUCUCUGCCGCUACCAGCAUUUGAACUUACUUGAAUAAAGGGGAGUGAUCAGUAGAACCUUCACCCAUAUGCAUGGCUUUAGGUGGCAGCUUAUACAGCCUUCUGAAAUUGCCACGGAAUAAGUUGUUUAAAAAAAAAAAAGUAGUUGGGGCAUUGCAUAGGGGUGGUGCUAUUCUAGUUAGUGGGUGUGGCUUAACUGGCACCUCCCACUACAACUGUGACACGACACUCUCCACCCCUUGGCUUAAAGCUGGACUGCGGAUACCUUAAAGCAUUUUUAAUUCAGAGAAGUGUAUUUGUAUAUUUUUAAAUAACGUAACUGCAUAAUGCACAUCAAUUAUUUUUGCUAACAAAGUCUAUGAAAGAUUAAGCAAAAUAAGAUAAUAGUGAUGUUAAUCAUGAUAGUGACUAAUAUAAAUUGGGCUAAUAUGCAAUAGACUAGUAGAUUCCUAUUGUAUUGUUUUUCGAAAGUCCUUUGUGAGUGUCUCUUCAUCGUCCUAUGGUAUUUAUGACAGAAAUGAUGUUGUUCACAAAGGGAUGAACCUUCAGUCCUCUUUUUAAUUCUAACGCUUUUAUUGACUUAAACAUGAAGGUACCACCUCAAAUAUUUCAAUUGAGUUGAUUAAAAACAGGGCAAUUGACACACAAGCACAUUAAUGGCUAUAAGUUUACUAGUCCUCUUGAACUCGUGUCUGAAUAGAUGAGUGAUCAACUGUUUUCUUCAAGCCUAGAGUAUUUGCUGCUUGACUUUAUUUUCCUGACUUUGUUGAGGUGAAGAUUCAUCCUUUCGGCAGAUGAGGUAGUGGAAUGUGCCUUUUCUGAUGGUGCUGUUUUCAGACAGAUAAAAUCCCUUUUUAAGGGCCCAACAAGCCUAUAUUGAAGUUCUAUUGAUAUGAUAUACUGUAUAAUAUGUGUUUAAGAGUGUUAACUGUAUGUGUGGGUGUGAUUGUGCCUCUUUAUUCGCCAAGAACACGUUAAAUCACAGAGCUUGCCAGGGUCUCUGGACCAAAAUUUCUACAAAGGGUUAUAGAUACUUUUUGUAAAGAUUUGGCACUGCAAAACUAAUAGAUCAAGCACUGACCAGGCAAGCUAAACUGUAUGAAGCCUGGAAACUCAUCCCAAGUGAUGUUUUCUCUUCAUUUUUCGUUUUCAAACCAUUUUUAACAAACUGUGUCAAAUCUGUGUACUCUAUAUGUGAUGAAAUGGCAAUAACGUAAUUGGUAAUGUCACUAAUAUUUGGUUUGAAUUCCAAUUUUAGACACUUUUUUCAUAAAUUAACUGCAUGAAUCCAACUGUUACAUUUACUAACAUGUUUAAUCAGGUUGAUUUGGUGAUUUAUAAAAUGAUGAUAUCUAUAUCUGUGAUUAAAUUCAGCACAUUAUUGAAGAUGAGCAGGAGUAUCAGCGUCCAGAUUAUCAUACUAUGCAAGCUUCUUCUCAUCUUGAAGGAGCUUCAUAGGAUUCUUCACAGUCAGCACUGUUUUCAUUGUGAUGCAACACAUUCAGCGCUCUGAUGUCAUGGUUUCGUUAUGGUGUGAUGAAAUUAUAUUAAUGAUUGAUAACAGAAUUGUCCAGUUUUAAAAUAUAUAUUUGUCCCUUUUUAUUUUAUCUCAACUCUUCUAAUUGUGGUCUUUCAUUAGGUCUUUUUAUUUGGUUGUUCUAUUUAAUUGUCAAUAUUUUAAUUAAAAUGUAUGUAUGCAAACUUUGAUGGAGAUGUCUUUUGAACUGUUUGUCUUGGACAAAAAUGAUACAUAUGAAUAAAUAUUGAAUGUACAUGCA